AUGUUUAUCUAUCUUUCUAUCUAUCUAUCUAUCUAUCUAUCUCUGCAUGUUUAUCUAUCUAUCUAUCUAUCUAUCUCUGCAUUUAUCAAAGGUAGUGAUGAGAAUAUCCUUAGAUUAAUAAACAAUAUUGACGGCCCAAAAUAUACUAAUCUAUCUAUCUCUGCAUGUUUAUCUAUCUUUCUAUCUAUCUAUCUAUCUCUGCAUGUUUAUCUAUCUAUCUAUCUAUCUGUCUCUGCAUUUAUCAAAGGUAGUGAUGAGAAUAUCCUUAGAUUAAUAAACAAUAUUGAGGGCCCAAAAUAUACUAAUCUAUCUCUGCAUGUUUAUCUAUCUAUCUAUCUAUCUGCAUGUUUAGCUAUCUAUCUAUCUCUGCAUGUUUAUCUAUCUAUCUAUAUGUCUAUCUCUCUAUCUAUCUCUGUAUGUCUAUCUAUCUAUAUUUGUGGGAUUUCUUCUUUUCUUUGUGUUGAUUUUAUUUAA